GUUACUAUACUUAAUAGUACAAAAUUAAAUUUACUCUGUUGAACUUGUUAGAAGAGAAAAUAACCUCCAUUACGUAUAUUUCUUGUUAAAUUAUAUUAUCACAAAGCAUGUAAAAGUUUCAGCCAAUAUAAUUUUAAUCAGAUUUAUACAGAAAUAUGGACAAAAUUUUUAAAAUCGCUAAAACUCUAAGAAAUAAUUGGAAAAAGUCAACAUUUGGUGCUAUCGUAUUGUACUAUGGAACUGCGACCGUAAAAGAAAAAUACGAAAUCAAUAUUCUCAUGCGUGCCGCUUGUGAGGAAGCAUUAAAGUAUGGAGAUGCUAUGAUAGAAUUUGAUAGAAAUCCGACAGUUGUUACAGUUAUAUUGAACCCAGUUGCAAAUAAGAGAAAAGCGAAGAAGGAAUAUGAAAAGUACUGUGAACCAUUAUUGCAUUUAGCCGGAUUACAAGUAGAUGUUAUACAAACAACUUCAGAGGGCAAUGCUAAAGAGAUUGUUGAAAAUCUAAAGGGAACUGAAGCUAUCAUUGUUGCUGGAGGUGAUGGCACUUUAUCCGAGACAGUUACAGGUUUAUUACGACGAAAUGACGAUGCAAAUCAGUUUCCUUUGGGUAUAUUACCCUUAGGAAAAACAAAUAGCCUUGGGAACUUGUUGUUUCCUGGUGGUAAGGGUGUUGAAAAAGUUAAACAGUUAAUAGAAGCUAGCAUGGCAAUAAUUAAAGGCAAUACUGAAUGGAGAGAUGCUAUGAAGGUAGAAACAAUAGCAGAUGAAUAUGAGGUCCCGAACAAGCCAAUAUAUGCAUUAUCUUCAUUGGAAUGGGGUGCAUUUAGGGAUGUACAAGCCAGACAGGAUAAAUAUUGGAUAUAUGGGCCAUUGCGUUCAUAUGCAUCAUAUAUUUUCAAUGGAUACAAAAACACACUUACAUGGGAUUGCCAAGGUGAAAUAAAAUAUACUCCACCAUGCUCAGGUUGUAGUAAUUGCUUAAGGAAAAAGCCAGAAAUCAAAAGGAAAUGGUCCUUUUUACUAUCAAGCAAACAGACUGUUCCUAGCUUUGACCCAGCUACUGUUACUAACCCUGAAUGUUCUAUCACUACUGAUUUGUGUUUUAGAACAUGUGACUUCAGGAUAUAUCAAAAAAAAAGUGAUGGGUUACCCGCCCUUAUCAUUGGUAUAGGUAAAAAUAAAUACACGUACACAGAAUUUGUAUCUGAGGGCUGGAGGCGAAUAAAAGGAGAAAAGGACCUAAAACAAUUGAUAGAAGCUCGGACUAUUGAAUUAAGGCCAAUUAAUCCAAAGCCUGAAGAAGUGAUAGAAAUUGAUAAGGAGGAGUUUGAUGUUAAACCGAUAAAAAUCACAUACUUACCUAAGAUGGUAAAGUUUUUUUGUAAACCACAAUUAAAUUAUUGAACUGUU